GUUCAUCUGAUUAUUAUGGAGUGGCAUUCCAUGAUAUGAUUCGAGGGUCUCCUCCCAAAAUAGGAAUUCAAGAGGCAAACCUGAAAACUCGGGACCGGGCCACGCCAUGGAUAAAGGAGCAGCCGGUGGCUAAAUUUUUGGUUGGCCCCGCGGGCGCACGUCGUUUCCGCUCGCCCCCCUGCGAUGCCGGGACCGGCCGUGGAGGCAGCGGCCAGGAGCGGCGGCGACCACCACGGCGGCUGCUGCGGGAAGGCGGCCGGCAAGUGGGAGAAGACGUACCUGGAUGUCCUGGGCAUCUGCUGCACCGCCGAGGUGGCGCUCGUCGAGCGGCUCCUGACGCCCAUCCAAGGCGUGAGGGCGGUCACCGUCGUCGUCCCGUCCCGGACCGUCAUCGUCGACCACGACACCGCCGCCGUCUCCCAGUUCCACAUUGUGAAGGUUCUGAACAAGGCGGGCCUCGAGGCCUCCGUCCGAGCCUAUGGCAGCAGCGCCGGCGCCGGCGGGCGGUGGCCCAGCCCGUUCACCGUCGCCUGCGGCGCCCUGCUCGCCCUGUCCCUGCUCGCGCCGCUGCUCCCCCCGCUGCGGUGGCUGGCGGUGGCGGCGGCCUGCGUGGGCUCCCAGCCCAUGCUGCUCCGGGCGUUCGCCGCGGCGGGCAAGCUGACGCUGGACAUCAACAUCCUGAUGCUCAUCGCGGUCGCCGGCUCCGUGGCGCUCGGGAGCUUCACGGAGGCCGGCGCCAUCGUGUUCCUCUUCACCGUCGCCGAGUGGCUGGAGACGCUGGCGUGCAGCAAGGCCAGCGCCGGGAUGCUGUCCCUCAUGUCCACGGUGCCCAAGACCGUCGUGCUGGCCGAGACGGGGCAGGUCGUCGGCAUGGGCGACGUCGCGGUCGGCACCGUCGUCGCGGUCAGGGCCGGCGACGUGGUCCCCGUGGACGGCGUGGUCGUCGGCGGGCACAGCGAGGUCGACGAGAGCAGCCUCACCGGCGAGUCCUUCCCCGUGCCGAAGCAGCCGCAGUCGGAGGUCUGGGCCGGCACCAUCAACUUAGACGGCUACAUCUCCGUGAGGACGACGGCCCUCGCCGAGAACUCGACGGUGGCGAAGAUGGAGAGGCUGGUGGAGGAGGCCCAGAACAGCCGGUCUCGGACGCAGCGGCUCAUCGACUCGUGCGCCAAGCACUACACCCCUGUGUGGUUGUGUCUUUUGCAUGUGCAGCCGUGGUCGUCCUCGCGGCGGGGGUGGUCCUCGUGCCCGCCCUGCUGGGAGCUCGCGACCUGGAGCUGGAGCAUUGGUUCCGGCUGUCCCUGGUGCUGCUGGUGAGCGCGUGCCCGUGCGCGCUGGUGCUGUCCACGCCCGUCGCCACCUUCUGCGCGCUCCUGCGGGCGGCCAGGAUGGGGCUCCUCGUCAAGGGAGGCAACGUCCUCGAGUCGCUGGGCGAAGUCAGGGUCGCCGCGUUCGACAAGACCGGCACCAUCACCAGAGGGGAGUUCAGCAUCAAGGACUUCCAUGUGGUUGGGGACAAGGUUGAAAUGAACCAGCUACUCUACUGGGUAUCUAGCAUCGAGAGCAAAUCAAGCCAUCCAAUGGCCGCUGCACUUGUCGAGUACGCUCAGUCCAAAUCUGUACAGCCGAAGCCGGAGAACGUGACCGAGACCUGCAUCUAUCAUGGCGAGGGCAUCUACGGGGUGAUGGAUGGGAAACAGAUCUACAUUGGAAACGAAAGGAUCAUAGCAAGGUCCUCGUGUCGUCAUCAUCAACAUGCUGGCCACCAAGAAACAGACGGUCUCAAAGGCGUGUCCAUCGGCCACGUGAUCUGCGACGGCGAUCUGGUGGGGAAGUUCUCGCUGUCCGACACCUGCAGGACAGGGGCGGCCGAGGCGAUCCUGCAGCUGAGGUCGAUGGGGAUCAAGUCGGUGAUGCUGACCGGGGACAGCGCGGCGGCGGCCAAGCACGCGCAGGAGCAGCUCGGGGGCGUCCUGGAGGAGCUCCACGCGGGGCUCCUGCCGGAGGACAAGGUCCGGCUCGUCCGGGGCCUGCAGGCGCGGCACGGGGCGACGCUGAUGGUGGGCGACGGCAUGAACGACGCCCCGGCGCUGGCCGCGGCGGACGUGGGCGUGUCCAUGGGCCUGUCCGGGUCGGCCGCGGCCAUCGAGACGAGCCACGCCGCGCUCAUGUCCGGCGACAUCCUCAGGGUGCCCAAGGCCGUCCGGCUCGGGCGCCGCGCCCGGCGCACCAUCGCCGUGAACGUGGCCUCCUCCGUCGGCGCCAAGGCCGCCGUGCUGGCGCUCGCCGUCGCGUGGCGCCCCGUGCUGUGGGUGGCCGUGCUCGCCGACGUCGGCACGUGCCUGCUCGUCGUCCUCCACAGCAUGCUGCUGCUCAGGGACGGCGCCGCCCGCCGCCCGAGGUGCUGCGCUAGCGCUACGGCGUGCAAGAGCAAGCAGGCGUCCAAGCCGUGCUGCGCGACGGUGAAGCCGGUGGCGACGACGAGGCACAGGCACGGGCACGGGCACGGGCACGGGCACGCAGGCGCGGGGAAGCCCGGGACGCUAGGAGGCGACAAGCAGGGUAAGGACUGCCAUGGUUGCUGCCAGAAGGAGAGCAAGCCGCCCGAGGACGCCGUCGUGAUCGCCAUUCCGGGACGGGCCGUGGAGCACCGGAAGGAGGCCUUCCCUCACGAGAACGCGGGAGCCGGGGGGUGCUGCGCUGCAGCGCACGGUGCCGAAGACGAGGUAUGCAUUGUCAUCAGCGCCAGGUCGCCCUGCUGCAGCACCGCGAGGAGUCGGUCUGGUUCUCCCAAGGACGCAUUGUGCUGCCACGGCUCCGGUGGUAAAGACGGCGGCGCCAUCUCAGCCCUCGUGUGCUGACCUCACCUACCAGCACUACCAUUCGUGGAAUACGGUCGUCUUGUAUAUAAAAAAAUUACUCAUAUCCUAUGCCGUAGACAGGAAGUUGUUUCUAUUACGAGUACUAAUAUUCUUGUAAUCUAUGUUCCCCUGAGAUCAUUAGAAAAAAAAUUAUAUAUAAUACUCUAUUAAAAAUCUAA